AUGUCGUCUAUGCGAGGUCUCGUUCAAUUCAUCGCUGACCUGCGGAACGCCCGGGCCCGAGAACUGGAAGAGAAGCGAAUCAACAAGGAAUUGGCCAACAUCCGGCAAAAGUUCAAAAGCGAGAAGUUGGAUGGCUAUCAGAAGAAGAAAUACGUCUGCAAGCUGCUCUACAUCUACAUCCAGGGUUACAAUGUCGACUUUGGACACCUGGAAGCCGUCAACCUUAUUUCCGCAACCAAAUAUUCCGAGAAGCAAAUUGGAUAUCUCGCAGUGACCCUGUUCCUGCACGAACAACACGAACUUCUGCCCUUGGUGGUCAACAGCAUUCGAAAGGACUUGUUGGACCACAAUGAGCUCAACAACUGUCUGGCUCUGCACGCGGUGGCCAAUGUUGGAGGUCGCGAGAUGGGAGAGGCCUUGAGCGCAGAUGUUCACCGACUGCUGAUAUCUCCCACGUCCAAGUCCUUUGUCAAGAAGAAAGCAGCCCUCACCCUGCUGCGCCUCUACCGAAAGCACCCAGCCAUCAUCCAAAGAGAAUGGGCCGAACGAAUAGUGUCAUUGAUGGACGAUCCAGACAUGGGCGUGGUGUUGUCGGUUACCUCCCUCGUCAUGGCCCUCAUCCAGGACAACCCCGACGCUUUCAAAGGGAGUUACGUAAAAGCCGCACAAAGAUUGAGGAAGAUUGUCAUAGAAAACGACAUCUCACCGGAUUACCUCUACUACAAAGUGCCGUGUCCGUGGAUUCAGGUCAAGUUCUUGAAAUUACUGCAGUAUUAUCCUCCUUCAGGCAAGUCCCACUACUCCUCCGUUGAAUUGUACUGA